UUAAUUUGUCACGCGGAGGAAAUACUCGACGGUGUACUCGGCCGAAAUUGCACGUUUCGCAGCUUCAGAUCGCAGGAGCUGCGAAAGGCGCGGAGGGGGAAAGUCGUCGAGAUAUCUGGUAUAUCGAUUCAGGGUGAAUCUUCGACACAUAUACACGUAGCAUCAGUGCGCGCGCGCCAGUAACAAAGCGUGCCGGCGACGAGGGAAACCAUCGUCAUCGCCGCCGGUUUUAACUUCUGCGAGCAAGCAGGGCUCCCCCGCAGCCCGCUCGACGUUUAUCCGAGGGUGGAAAAAGAUGGGCGUUGAGGUGUUCAACUGUCUGAACAAUUAUCUGGGAGUAGAACGCUGCAAGAAGUCUUACUUAGGUGUGUUAACGAACCCGGGGACGGUGUUACGGUACGAGACAUCGUUGCAAGAUACCUGCGAGUUUCACGUUUACCUCCUCGGGAUCGUGCACAUUGCCCUGAUAGAGGAAACGGAACUCCCUAAGGGACGAGUGUGAAUCGUGCUGGCGAACGCAGUCCGUAGUGACUGAAACGAACGAUUACUGCAUUGCUAGAAAAUGUUUCUCGUUGCACCGGCCGACAACAAUCGUUGGAUCUACGCGAUGCACGGAUUGGAGAAGCCCAUGGAUCAUGUGUCCGCCGGCAGUGUCAUGGCGGGUUCCGUCGCAACUUUGGCGAUCCUCUGGGUGUCCCUGCAGACGAUGGGACUUCUGGGACAUUCCCAUUCGAUCGACGCGAACAAGCUGCCUUCUUCCCUGCAGAAUUACCUUGCCAGUUACACCGAAGUGCUUGCAGGAUUGCCAGCCUCUAAUUACGGCUCCGAGGCCAUCGUGGACACGGGUCGUUUUCAAAAUCGGAGGUUCCCUAGAAUCGACGAGGCGACUUUGAACAAUUCAAUCACGUUCGCGCAGACACUGGUCGAUCGCAUGAGUACUCUUGAGAGGAACAUUGCAAACGCCGGCAUCGAACUGGAAGCGCAGAGUCCAGCCCAAAAGCAAUACUGGGAUUCGUAUCCUUCCGCGGAUGCGUUUGACAGGAGUAUCGAUGCCAUCGUAGCAGUAAAGGCAUCGUCAUAUCUCGUUCAUCAAAAUUGCCGAAGAUUCGGGUUAGAUAAGAAUGAUUGCGCCCGUUACAUAUCGACGUUGGGCCUGCAGGGCACCCCGCUCGGUCAAUCCUGUGCCGCGGUGCACAACGUAGAGUGCGACGAAAUGUCCAAGUAUCGCAGCAUCGAUGGCACUUGCAAUAACAUCGACAAUCCGAGCUGGGGCAGCGCGAUGACCGCGUAUACCAGAGUCCUCUUCUCCCAAUACUUCGACGGCAUCCAAGAACCGAGGCACGUCGGACAAACAAAGAAACCACUACCAAGCCCGAGGUUCGUGAGCGCCGCUUUGUCCACUGCGAACGAUCAGUCGGAUGCUAGCAGGACACUUGCUAUGAUGGAAUGGAGCCAAUUCAUCGCUCAUGACAUGGCCCACACCCCAGUUCGGAAGAUGGUCUCGACUGGAAAACCGAUUUCUUGCUGCCAACCGGAUGGAGACACUCUGUCACCACGUCACAUUCACCCAGAUUGUUCUCCCAUUAGCGUGCCGGAUCGUGAUCCCGUUUAUGGCGAACAUUACGUUCGAUGUAUGAAUUACGUUCGGUCAUUACCCGUUUUGAGAUCGGAGUGCACUUUCGGACCUGUGGAACAAAUGAAUCAGGUGAGCCACUUCCUGGAUGGUUCCACGAUUUAUGGGUCUACUUUGAAGAAAUCACGCGAGCUUCGCACAUUCGAAGGCGGACGUCUUCACGUCGACAUGCGGAACAAUCACGCGUACUUGCCAAGAGCAGCUGCGGAACUCGCGUCUCAAUGCGGGGAGAACUGCUAUAAUUCCGGUGACGAUCGUGUGAACAUCGAACCCCAACUGGCUGUGAUCUACACGAUCUGGCAUCGCGAGCACAAUCGCAUCGCCGACAAGCUUGCCAGUUUGAAUCCGGACUGGACAGACGAGAUCCUGUACCAGGAAGCCAGGCGCAUCGUGAUCGCCGAGAUUCAGCAUAUCACUUAUAAAGAGUGGUUGCCCAUUUUGCUAGGCAGAAGAUAUAUGCACGCCACUGGCUUCACCGUUACAGGCAACAGUUAUAGCCGCAACUAUAAUUCUGAUGAUGAACCGGCGGUGAGCAACGAAGCCGCCACCGCUGCGCUGCGUUUCCUGAAUUCACUGAUGCAAGGGAAGUUGAGCUUGCCAGAUAAUUCCCGUCAGCAGAACAGAACGCUCCAGCUGGCGGAGCACUUCUUCAAUCCGCGCGUCAUUGAGUCCGAGGAGGUGUUCGACGGACUUCUCCGUGGUCUCGCUACGCAAACCAGUCAGAAAAUGGACAUCAGUCUCAUUCCAGACAUGACAAGCAAAUUGUACACCCGUAACGGCAAUGAUUUAGGCUUGGAUGCCAUCAGCUUAGAUAUCCAGCGUGGCCGUGAUCAUGGUCUUCCAGGGUACAAUUACUACCGCAAGUACUGCGGACUUCCUGCUGCCAAGAGCUUCGACGAUUUCUUAGAUUACAUUCCCACAGAGAUGGUGAGAAAACUGCGUACAACAUAUUCCCAUCCCAACGACGUUGAUCUUAUCGUGGGUGGCAUGGCUGAGAGGUCUGCAGACGACAGCAUGGUCGGUCCGACUUUCCGUUGCCUCAUCUACGAGCAAUUCUCCAGAUCUCGCCGCACUGAUAGAUUCUUUUACGAUUCCGCGACGCAACCGCAUCCCCUCACGCCUGAGCAACUGCUACAGAUGCACAACGUCAGCCUAGCACGCAUAUUCUGCGACAACGGUGACAACAUCACGCACAUGCAGCGGAACGUGUUCCUCAAACCGCAAGCCGGAAACGAGUUGAGGCAUUGCACAGACUUCGAGGCGAUACCGAGCGUGGAUCUAUUCGCCUGGGCGGAGAGAGCGAAGGCGUAUCGUUGAAGUUGCUGGUUAAUUGGCUGGUCACAUGCUAUAAUCGCAUCCGAUCGCCCGUGGACGUAGUGCGGGCUUGACGGAGAGAAUUUACAAGUCGUAGAAAAUGCGGAAGCGAACGCGCUAGGAGGAGCGAUUGUGUGAGACUACGUGAUACAGUCUCAUCAGAAUCGUACGAGGCGUCGCGACGGCGAUGUCAUGAUCUUCCUUCCACGAUGACCGAGGCACAAGAUACAAAAUAAGCCAACAGUGAAGCCACGUGACUAGUCGAUUAAAGAUAUCCGGCAGCCAGAACUGCAGACUGAGCGACGCAAAAGCGAAUUGAGGAUUGCAAGCCUGAACGAAACGGUCGAGUCGAUCAUCAGGAGAAUCGUGCUAGUUUUCAUCACUCGGUGACCGGUUUCACUUGCAGGACUGCAUUUCACGACAGUCUGAUAACUAUAUAGUCUGAUAUAAACGUAUCUAUAGUAGAAAUAGUCCUGUAAUCAAUCUGGAGACAUACGUAUGAGAAUGGUGAAGAAAAGUACGAGCGCGUUACGUGUAUGCUUAUGUAGAAGAUCUGUAUCGAGUCUUGGACGUACUUAGCGACUGAUCAGUUUGUGAUGAUUUAGAUUAAAAUGAGAUACGAUUCUCAUUCAAGCGGUAGUAAUAUUGCAAUAUCGUGUAAGCGAAUGAGCAAUAAAUAUAUUAUACACAUAUGAAUAUAAAAGCGGAAAUGUAGACGAAGGGAAAGACACAAAGUAUUACAAUUAUGGAAGCAAAAAAAAGAAUACAUUUUUUAUUUUAAAAUAUAAUUCGCAAGGUGGGCGGAAUUACGCUCUAACUGGAAACCAUAUAAUUUAUUAGACAGACAUAAUCGGUAUCAUAGCAGAUCUUAAACGCAAAAUGUAGAAGGGAUAUAAAAAAAACGGCGUCAGAUUUUACAUGUCUAUAAAUCGAUGUACUGCGCGAGCAUUUUUAAGCGUGUGUGCGACGUCCACAUGCAUGUAAAAUCAAACUCAUAUUUUUUAUUUUAAAAACUCUGUUGUAUAUACAAUGUCUGCAAAAUUUAUUUAUUGUAAUGUGAUCGAUUUAAAAAAAUACAAGAUUUAUGACGUUCAAGUCACAAACGACGUCCAUGUCAAGUGUAAAUACAAUUUUAUAAUUCUUAUAAUUUUUAUAAUUCUUUUGCAGGUAGAUAAGCAAACGUAUCCGAAGCUGAAUCAAGCUAUUUAUAAACGCGAAAUCUUAUACGAAUAAACAAUGUUUUAUCAAUUGUA